AUGGCCACGCAACAAAACGCCAGUUUCUUCUCCAUACCGGUUUUCCAUUCGUCAUCUGAAUUUCGCGUCAACACAGCAUACUUCUCCAAGGAGGAUCUAUCGCUCUUCGUCGAGAACUUGGAGACCAUAGAAAAUCUGAAUCGCAAAGUGCGUCAACGUCGUCAGCACUUCGAGGAGCAAAUACGUGAGACACGCACAAUACUGGAGAACUCACUGCAAAUCGCCACAAAGCCAAGCAAUAUGGGCUGCAUGCCAAGUCCCACAUCAUCACUGCAUGAGGAACUGCGUACUUUAUGUAUCGCGAAAGAAACACCGCGACGUAACCGCAAACCGCAACCAGAAUCGCCAAUCGAACGCCAAGAGCUGCAGCCAAAACGUCCGAUCUCAAUGCGCAGAUCCUCGGACGAGGAAGAGACUUACUUCAGCGAUGCCAACGCAAGCCCGGAUCGCACACCAGUUAGUAUGGCGAAAAAACCACGCCUGCUAUUCGCCCCAUCACCGAAACCACUGAAGGGUGACAAUUCCGGUUCGGAUUCUGAAGAGUCUGGCAUAUACCCACUAGCUGACACGCCACAACAAAAACCAUUUCGUGCACGCACGAACGCGUUGGCCGAGAAACCGAAAGUUUCGACCGGCUCACGCAUACUUGCUUUACUGCUGAGGCGCGAGAUCUUAAAGAAUCAACAAAAAGAGCAACCUGAGGAAAUAGUACGCAUCAAGAAAGCUGCCUCCAAUCUCAAUGUCAGCAAGGAGCAUGAAGAGCACGAUUUCCACGAGUUCAUUAAGCAGAAGUACAAGCGUUUCGCCUUACGCUAUAUACGCAAAAUGAAGAAGCACGUCGUGGUCGAGGAAGAACCGGAAAAGCCCAGCGACUUGGAGAUGUUGGACAAAGCGCUGCGCUACAUGACAUUAUAA